GUGUGUGUGUGUUUGUGUGUUAGUAAGGGAAUAAUUGUUUCGAAUAAAAAACAAAUAAUACAUAAAUGCAUGUACAUAUAUGUAUGCACAUAGGUGAUGCAUAAAGAUGGCGAGAUAAUAAAAAAAAUUCUCGCUUGUUGGCAAAACAACCUCACACAGGACCAACGCUUUGUGUCAUUGGAGGCGUACUGACGGCGGCUAACGGUAAGAGGCGAGGUGUAAACUGUUGCAAGUGCGCCCACAGAAAUACCAACAACAGCAAGAAUUGCAACAACAGCAACAACGGGGGCAGCCAACAUUGAAGCAGACCGGAAAUAAGAAAUAAUUGAAUAUUCAAAGUACGUCGCACCAGCUGUGGAUAAGAGAGGUGGGCAGUAAACGGUAGCGGUGACGGAAGCGGUGGUGGCGCGCUGACGCGACGACAAAUAGAAGCGAGUCAGAGGAGAAAACCAUUGGCCGAAUUGGCGGCCGCAGUCCCCACACGCUGUCCAGAAACAAACUAUGGCCACUGGUGGCAGCGAGAUGCCAGAUCAUCGCAAGCGCAACACCUUUACCAGCUAUGUGGCGCCGUUGCCUGGCGACCUCCGCGCAAACGCAGACACCAAUGAGUGGUUUGUGCCUAGUGAUCUGCGUAACGUGCAUUGGGCCAAGCCGCGCCUGCUUUCCAACGAACAGGUUGUGGCCGAGGCACCCGCAUACAUGUAUUCUCCCAUAGCGCCCAUGGAGAGUGGCGAUAAGCAGCCUGACCACAAGGAGGCCACUUUUGGAUUGCUAAGUGUGACAAAUUUUAAGCUGGCAUUUGUGCCGUUGCAGCCGCGUUCCACACUUGGUCUUCCCGCUCCAUCCCCGCUUUCUGAUCUUUAUCAGGAAAAUCUUUACCUGGGCCGAAACGAAGUCACUCUCAAUAACAUCGAUCAGAUCUAUACUAUCGCGGAGCUGGGACGCACAGCUAGCGCUCUGCAUGCAGUCCGUGUGGCGGGCAGCAAGCGAAAGAAGCUGGAACCCACCAAGCAGCAGAGCAUUCAAGGACGGAUCGCUGCUCUGCACAUCAUCUGCAAGAACUUUCGUCUGCUAAAGUUUGCCUUCCAGCAACAGGACUCCAAAAUGAGCGGUUCUAGCGAUAACGGCAAGAGGAUAGCCUCGGCGCUGGUGCGCUUUGCCUACCCGACGCGUCAUGAUCUGAGCUUCGCCUACGUCUACCGAGAGCCCUACUACUCAACACUGGGCAAGCCGGGCGGCGGCGUCAGCAUGUAUGCGAGCAAGAACGACUGGGCACGCGAGCUGAUCCGUUGCGGUGCCACGGAGUGGCAGGUGGUCAGUGCAAGCAGCGUGCCUCUAUUGCAAAACAAGCUGCAUGCUGGCAAAUAUACAUUGCCGCCGCAUUUCGUAAUACCCAAGAGCUGCACAGUGGAGCGUUUUCUCGACUUGUCGCGUGCUUUCUGCGACUCACGCGCCGCGUUCUGGGUGUACAGCUAUGGCAGCAGUGCGGCCUCACUUGUGCGCCUAGCUGAGCUGCAGCCGGCGACGCAGCAGGAUACAAAGAUGGAGAACGUAACGCUCGAACUUGUGCGCAAAUGUGACGAGCACAAGAAAAUUAAGGUGCUUCAGCUGACGGAAAACCUGCCAAGCAUACAGGAUGUACAGCGUGCCUACCAGAAGCUACGGCGUCUGUGCACGCCCGAAACGCCGGAAAAGUUUAUGCUGCAAGAUGACAAGUAUCUAGCACUUCUUGACAAAACCAACUGGCUACUCUACGUCUCGUAUUGUCUGAAAUAUGCCAACACGGCGGCGUCCACGCUGCGUUCUGGCACCACAUGCGUGUUGCAGGAGUCUAAUGGUCGUGACUUGUGCUGCGUGAUCUCGAGCCUGACGCAGCUCUUACUCGAUCCACACUUCCGCACCAUAGAUGGCUUCCAGUCGCUGGUGCAAAAAGAAUGGGUGGCUCUGGAGCAUCCCUUCCAGCGUCGGCUGGCCCAUGUUUAUGGCACCCCCGGUGGCAGCGACCAGCUGCUGGACAGCGAGCAGAGUCCUGUCUUCCUGCUGUUCCUUGACUGUGUAUGGCAGCUGCUGCAGCAGUUCCCCGACGAGUUCGAGUUCUCGCAGACCUACUUAACCUCGCUUUGGGAUGCCUGCUUCAUGCCUAUCUUUGACACCUUCCAGUUCGAUACGCAUGCACAGCGGGCCCGUGCCGUCAGCGAGUCCAAGCUGGUGCUGCGACCGGUGUGGGACUGGGGUGAACAGUUUUCGGACAAGGACAAAAUGUUCUUCAGCAAUCCACUGUAUCAGCGCCAGCGUGGCGAUGCGAGCCAAAUACAGCAACAGCGUCGCUCCCUAGCCGUGGGCCACAAGCUCAGCACUUCAGGGCCGGCAAGUGGUGUGGGAUCGCUGUCGAUGUCCAUGAACCGGUACACCAUCAAUCCGCAGCUGUUUGCAACGCAGUCGACAGUGCCGCAGGAUCGCUUCCUGGUGGCCGCCGAUCGCAUCUUUGAUCUGGCCGUGUGGGAUCAGUGUUAUUAUCGCUGGUUGCCGGUUCUCGACAUACGCGGGGGCGGGCAGCCACAGGUCGAUCUCUUCCAUCGCAUGUUGUUGAGCAACAUUGCGAAAGUGCAACGGUGUUUGGACCUGCAGAGCUUUGAGGAGUUACCCGAUGCCUAUUAUGAGGCGCUGGGUGAACAGCGUCCGAUUAGUAAGCAGCUACAGCACCAGGAUGAAGAGCCGGAGCCGGAGCUCGAGUAUGUGGAUGGUGUGGAGAGACGUCGCAAAUCGUUGCCUAGCACGGCAGCAGCUAUGGCGACGGCAAGCACAACGAAUGGUCUGGUCAGUGUUACACCGCAGCUCUCCACGCUCUCCUCCUUCUUCCCUUUCGGGAGUCCCAUUGCUGGUGAUGCUCCGCAUCAGCUUUACGAUAUACUCAGCAGCAGUACCGAGCUAUUGCUCGAGACCUCGUCAAUCAUGGACAAGUCGUCGAUUGUGUGAGCCGAGUUGCCCACUUCUUGGCGUUCCACUACACGCACAACGUUCGCAUAUGUAUGUACGCAUCCUGUACGGCUUCACAGCCAUCUUCCUUCGCAUGCAUAUGCCCGUCUCUUUCUAUCGCAUAUGUAUCAAUAUAUUUACAUAUGUAUGUAUGUACCAUUUGUUGUUGUUUUUGACGAGGCGAAAUGUGAAGGAGACGAUUUCUAAUUAUCCAUGUAUUUCCUAUUGAUUUCCUGUACAAGCUGAACUCUGCAAGUAUUACAAAUUUACCUUUGAACGUAUAAUAUAUGUAUGUUUUUGACAUUUUUU